UCAUUUCAAAGCAUAAAGUUUAUGGCAUUGUCCAGAAAUAUAAGAGGGAAAAGAGAGAGUGCAGCAAACAGUUGAAGGAAAACAGCAUAAUCAGAAAACUAGAGCCAGAGCCCUAGAAGCAAAGCUUUGACGAGUAACUUGGCGACCACGAGGCGGCCUUUAUACUCUUCCCCACGCCCCCACGCCCCCCCCCCCCCAACAAAAAACACGCGCUGGCGCUAACAAAGCAGCCAUUGUUGACGGAGGAGGAGGAGGAGGCAUGCUAAUGGGGUUGGUGUGGGAAUUGGUGAAAAGAGCAGUGCUAGUGCACAUGCUGUUGCUUCCUCUGCUCUCUUCAAAUGAUCAUAAAGCAAUCUCAGUUCUUUGCUUUCAUCAUUCUUCUCACAGUAAUUUCCCCACCCACUUUCUCUUUGGCACUGCUUCCUCUUCUUACCAGUACGAGGGAGCAUACUUGAGUGAUGGCAAAGGGCUUAGCAACUGGGAUGUUUUCUCUCACAUUCCAGGUAAAAUAAUUGAUGCCAGUAAUGGGGACAUUGCCGUUGACCAUUAUCAUCGCUACCUGGAGGAUAUUGAGCUGAUGGACGCACUCAAAGUCAACAGCUAUCGGUUUUCCCUCUCUUGGGCAAGAAUUUUACCAAGAGGAAGAUUUGGAGCAGUCAACAUGGGUGGCAUCCACUUCUAUAACAGAUUAAUAGAUGCUCUUCUGCUCAAAGGGAUCCAACCCUUUGUGACUCUGACUCACCUUGACAUGCCUCAAGAGCUCCAGGAUAAGUAUGGAGGUUGGCUUAGUCCCCAAUCCCAGGAAGAAUUUGCAUUUUACGCAGAAGUUUGUUUCAAAUGGUUCGGAGACAGAGUAAAGUACUGGACUACCUUCAAUGAGCCACAUCUGCAAGUUUCAUUCGGUUACCGUACAGGAAAAUUUCCACCAGGUAGAUGCUCUAAGCCAUUUGGAGAUUGCAUUGAAGGAGACUCUGAAUCUGAGCCCUUCAUAGCAGCCCAUAACAUUAUCCUCUCCCAUGCUUCUGCUGUUGAUGUCUAUAGAUCCAAGUACCAGAGGGAACAAAAGGGGACAAUUGGCAUAGUCUUACAAGCUGAGUGGUAUGAACCAAUCAGCAAUUCUACAGCCGACAAAAUGGCCUGUGAAAGAGCACAAUCAUUUACUUUUAAUUGGUUCUUGGACCCAAUCAUCUUUGGAAAGUACCCUUUUGAGAUGGAAAAGAUUCUGGGGACUAUAUUGCCCAAACUUUCCAACACUGAAAUGAUAAAACUCAAUAAAGGAUUGGAUUUCAUAGGCAUGAAUUACUAUACCAGUUACUAUGUCGAAGAUUGCAUUUCCUCAACAUGUGAACCUGGAACAGGAGUCACUAGAACAGAGGGUCUGUACCAAAGAAGUACAGAGAAAAACGGCGUGCCUCUUGGAGAAAUGACCUCAGUUGGUUGUAGUUACCCGCCAGGCAUGGAAAAAGUUAUCACAUACGUGAAAGACAGAUACAACAACAUUCCAAUGUUCAUCACAGAAAAUGGAUAUGGUGAAAAGGAUAAUCAAAAUUCCACCUUGGAAGAACAUGUUAAUGACGUUAAGAGAAUGAAGUUCAUGGAAGAUCACUUGGAUGCCCUGCUAACAGCAACAAGGAAGGGAGCAGAUGUGAGGGGAUAUUUUGUCUGGUCUUUACUUGACAACUUUUCAUGGACACGUGGCUAUACAAGAAGAUAUGGGCUAUACCAUGUUGAUUUUUCUACUCUGAGGAGAACUAAAAAAUUAUCAGCACGUUGGUAUAAGCAAUUCAUUACAAAGCACACAACUAAGGGUUUUUGGCCGGCACAUGACAGGGAACAAGAAAAUCAACACAAACAAUUUGAGGCAAAAACCAAGCUCAAAUCAUUUCUACCGGAGCCUAAUCAGCUUCACUUCAAUAAUUUGUGACUUUUCUCUAGGCAGAAUAUAUGAACUUCAUUUUCUCUUCAUAUGCUAGUACACCAUCUUAUUCUAAAUGUAUGAUCUAGUUGAGAAGUUUGAUUUGAUCCUAAAUGUAAGAUCUCAAUCUCUUUUGUCUCCCA